AUGGGUUGGCUACUGGCGUUCGGCCUCGGCGGAUUGGCGCUUGAAGGCGCUAGCGGGUUCACGCUCCUGCCACGCCUUCUUCGGGAGAAGGCGACGUCACGGCCGUUUGUUCCUCCACCCAGCAGCAGCAGCAGCGUGGCAACAACCGGCGGCAGGGAUAACAGCCUGACCGGAGAAGUGUGCAGCACGAACGCCGUCGCGGCCGCUACUGUCUGCAGCUCUAGGAACAAGAAGAGGAGGUCGAAGGCGGUUUUUCCGCUGCCUGCCACAAAGGCAUCAGAUCUCCCCUCGUUUGCCUCGUCGGGGGAUGGCGGCGACGACAAGGCGGAGGAGGGUGGGAAGGAGGGGUCGGGGGACGCGGCAGAGGAAAAGAAAGAAGUAGAAGCUGCCGCGAAGGCAGUGGUGGAUGCUGACGAGAAGCCGGAGGCGGCGGAGGAGGACAAGAAGAAGGACGGGGAGGAAGUCGUCGCCCCCGCUCCCUCGGAUGCCACAGCGGCAGACUCGCCUUCGCCCAACGGCGAGAAGGCAGAGAAGAAAGAGGGAGAGGGCGACCCAGCGCCAGCUGAGGGGGGGGACAAGAAAGAAGAGAAGGACCCCACAGCGACGGCUUCGCCCUUGCCGACGAUCGACGUACCGCCGUUGCCAGCGGUCUCCGCCCCGCCGCCGCCAAACGGCGGGAAGGUGUCCGCUCCGCCGUCACCAAACAGUGGGAAGGUCUCUGCUCCUCCAUCGCCCAACAGCCCGAAACCUGUGGUAGCAGAGGAGAAGAAGGAGGAGAAGAAGGAAGAGAAGAAGGAGGAGGCAGCCCCCACGGCUACGUCGUCGCCGUUGCCAGCGGUCUCCGCUCCGCCCCCGCCGAACACCGGCAAGGUCUCCGCUCCGCCGUCACCAAACAGUGGGAAGGUCUCUGCUCCGCCAUCGCCCAACAGCGCGAAACCUGUGGUAGCAGAGGAGAAGAAGGAGGAGAAGAAGGAGGCAACCCCCACGGCUACGUCUUCGCCGUUGCCAGCGGUCUCUGCUCCACCCCCGCCAAACACUGGAAACGUCUCCGCUCCGCCGUCCCCAAACAGUGGGGUAUCCGCUCCGCCGUCGCCGAACACCCCGAAGGAGGAGAAGAAGGAAGAGAAGAAGGAGGAGAAGGAGGAGGAAGACAAGAAGGAGGAGAAGGAGGAGGAAGACAAGAAGGAAGACAAGAAGGAAGAGAAGAAGGAGGAGAAGGAAGACAAGAAGGAGGAGAAGGUUGAGGAGAAGAAGGAAGAGAAGAAGGAGGAGAAGGAAGACAAGAAGGAAGACAAGAAGGAGGAGAAGAAGGAAGACAAGAAGGAGGAGAAGGUUGAGGAGAAGAAGGAAGACAAGAAGGAGGAGAAGGAAGAAAAGAAGGAAGACAAGAAGGAGGAGAAGGUUGAGGAGAAGAAGGAAGACAAGAAGGAGGAGAAGGAAGACAAGAAGGAGGCAGAGGUCGCUUCCAUCCCGCCCGUGGCAGCGGUCUCCGCUCCACCUUCGCCAAACAGUGGGGUAUCCGCUCCGCCGCCGCCAAACACCGGAGGAGUAUCGGCUCCGCCGUCACCAAACAGUGGAACGGUUUCUGCUCCGCCGUCGCCGAACAGCCCGAAGACAGUGGUGGCGGAGGAGAAGGAGAAGAAGGAGGACAAGAAGGAAGAGAAGAAGGAAGAGAAGAAGGAGGACAAAAAGGAAGAGAAGAAGGAAGAGAAGAAGGAGGAAAAGAAGGAGGACAAGAUCGAGAUCAAGGGAAGCGGGAAGGUGGCGUCGCAGGACGAGGACAAGCUGACGCCUCUGGACAUGCUUGUCGGGCCGUUCAUGGUGUUCGCCACCGGCAUGCAGAAAGAGGCCGAGUUCCUGGAGGGUGAGCUGAACCAGCGGGUUUCGCAAGUUACGGCCGAGUUCCAGGCAGACCGCAAAAACAUGGAGGAGACCCUCAGAGAGAAUGAGUCGGAUCUACGGUACAGUCUACCGACCACCGGGCAGUUGCAGUGGUUCACAUUUUUGUCCAACAUGUUCAGAGGUCGUGUUGACGCAUCGAAAACGCACUUCUCCCUAGUAAGGGAUGUCCUCGCGGUCCACCUUGGCCCUAUCUAUCUAGCGAGCACUAUUCGAAGGGAAUCUUUCCUUGUGAGCCAGCCCUUUUUUAGUGAAUCAAGUUUCAAACCACUUACAACUAAAGUAUUGAAGCCACAAGGGGCCUGGCAGAGAGAGCUGAUAUUUCAUACUGCUGCCAUGAGCGGUUGGGCAUGCCUCAGGUCCUUCCAGAUUUCUGCCGGCGGCCAUCACGUUUUUCGCUCCGACCCCUCGAAAUGCGCCGGCUAAUUGAAUUAAUUCCAGUGAAUUCCAGGAGCGGGAGGGCAGAGGCAACCAGCCGAUACAGUCCACUUGCACCAUCUCUCUCUUGUCUCUGUGCAUGGGUCUCUUAAGCAUGAUGCCGCGAUCUAGA